CUCCGAAACCACUGCCAGCAAGGUAGACGUAUUUCCACGUGGCUACGGAAUAAAUAUUCUUUAUAUUUUAAUUUAACAACAAACAUUUACAUUUAAUGAAUGAUGAAAAUGACCACUGGAAAGUGUCUGCAGUUUAAGAUUCUAGAUUCUUAUAAUUUUAAUAUAUUUGUUAUGAAUAUCAUCUUAAUUAAUGGAUGAAAGUUCGUGAGAAGGGUGGAAGGCUGUACUGGUAUAUUGGAAACUUGUAUUACUUGCAUGUUGCAAACAUCACUAGUUCACUACCUACAACUUAUUAUUCAAUUAUGUUAUUUUUCCUCAUUUUCUUCCUUUCAUUCUUUCUUUUGAGAUUUUAAAGUUUUACGCUCCAUCUUUUUCUGCCAAACUCAAAAUUUUCUGGGACCAAUGGUCACGUGAUCCGCUAUAUUAUGCAGCCCUGAGUUUUGUAGAUGAUACGAACUUGACAUUUUUACCAUUAAUAGUUAUGGGCUCAAAUACUUUGUUAGGCCUAUAGAAAAGCUUAUCCGGAGCUCUUUCAUUGCAUUUGGUUUCUUUUAAUUGGAGGCCAUCUGCAAUUGACUUUCUGGCAAAUUCGUCUACAUAAUUUUGGAUUAAACUUGAGUUAUUUCUACCAACGGACUCAGACAUAGUUGAGUCAUCGACACACUUCCAGAGAUCGUCAACACCAGAUACAUUUAGAUCGUUUAUCAUUAUUACGAAGAGCCAAGGGCCUAACUUCGUGCCUUUGGGGACACCUGCGGGUACAUCACUCCACUCUGAGAAGCAGUCGUUACACAGUUUCACUCUCUGUUUGCGGUUACUCAGGAAAUCUAAAAUCCAGUACAUAAUGGUUUUAGGAAUGUUAAUACUCUAAUGCUCAGGACAUUAUGUUUGGAUUCUAAAACCAUAACCGGUAACCUAGAAUUUUGUUACCACAUUUCUACCGUUAUUUCGAAUUAAACAGCGUGAGUAUACAAAGGGACAGAUUUCCGAGUUUCUCAGUUUUUUUGCGGUCUUUAACGAAUUAAAAAAAAUACAAAUUUUUGUUAACAGUAUUUCUACAGUAUGCACGCACAGUAAGAAAUAAGCCAUCCAUGUUUGAAAAUUAAUUCACUCUCUGUCGUUAUUAAACCUUUGUUCAUGCACCACUGUUUUGGUGAACUUGUCGCUCGUUUAAUAUACUGUUAUUGUUUAUUUCAUGCAUUAAAAUGUUUUCGUUGUCCGACAUUUUAAAUACCCGCGGAAGGCAUUUAAAAUUUCCCUCCAGGAUUGUCUCAUCCUGGGUACUGAUCAAUCAGACUGCGGGUUUCACUGCAGUGAUCAUAUAAACAAUUUUCCACCAUUAAAAUAAAAAACUUUCUUUGUAGUUUCAAGUCUUGCUUUCGGACGUUUUAUGCUGCAUCGCUGAUUUAAUAAUAAUAGCUUUAUUCAUCCAUAUUAAGAUAAAAAGUACAAUAGACUUACAAUUACUUGUUCAAGAAAGUAUACAUGCUGUGGAUAUGUCUUUAUAUUACAAAUUGUUGUAAGAUAAUUUAGAAAACUAACUAAGAAGUUAAAACUAAUAAGUUUUAAACUAAUAAGUUCUUCCAAUAAGUUAAAAUUAUUUAUAUAUAUUUAUUUAUAUAUAUUUACAAGCUCUUCCUGAAAAAGAAUGUUUAUGCCUUUCAGUUCCUGAGAAGAAUGAUAUAUUGCGAUUCCGGUCAAUGUUCCUUAAAUUGUACUGAUUGUUAAUUAAUUUUGGCAAAACGCUGUGACAGGGAUGGUUUGGAUCGUUCAUAAACCUAUCAACUUCUCGACUACUUGCCUCUUCCCUUCUUUCGUUCAACGGUGGCAGGUAAUCUUUUUCCAGGCCAAGGAUUCUUAAGCUCCUGGAUUGAACCCGCUCUAUUUCAUCUCGCAGGUAAUUAGGGAGUCCCGCCCAGACAGGUGAUGCAUACUCGAGAAUAUAAUUGGUCUUAUUUUGGAUUGAUAGGUAAUAAUACCGACUUCAGCUGGUAACUGCGAUUUCCUGCAUUCUCUAAGAUGGUAUAAAGGCGUUUAUUUGCUUUACGUGUAAUCUCUUCAACAUGUGCAUUUAGAUUAUUUUGGAACGACACGCCAAGUAAUUUAAAAGCGUUGACCCUUUCUAUUAACUCAUUUCCAAUACGAAGACGUGGUGGUUCAGGUAUAGCGUCCGUGAAAGAGAUCCACAUGUCCUUAGUUUUUUUAGCAUUAAUUGCCAUUUUAUUUAACACCGCCCAGUUAUUUACUGAAUUGAUAGAUUGUUGUAAAUUACUAUUAGAAUCUACGCUCACUAUUUGGUGUUGUGUGCAGUCAUCUGCAUACUUAUUCGUACUGACUUUUAAUUGUUCUGGUAAGGCGUCCUCCAAAUUAUCAAUGUAGGUAUUAAAAAGAAUGGGAGAUAUUACCGAGCCUUGCGGGACUCCGGUCGGGCAUGUUGCAAUGGAUGAUAAUAUACCAUUGAGAUUUACUUGUUGAACUCUUCCGGAAAGGAAACUUUUAAUCCAUAACCCCAACCCGCGGAAAGGAGGGACCGCUCGCAGUCUAAAAAUAUACGUAUAAUAUAAAUACUACAGCGGCCACAUGCAAUUUUAAAAAUUUCAUACCAUCCUGGGCUUUUUCGGAAUUCGGUCAAAACUGUUUUUGUAAACCGGUUUAAUGAACAAAUUAUUUUUAUUAUAGCAACUACAAUUUGUAGUUGUCUGUCAAACAGCGCUUUUCCGGAUUUUACUUAGUUUUACGUCCUCUUGUCUUGUUGAGGAGGAAAGCAUCAAUUGCAUUGAAACUAAGAGAAAUUAUCUAGCUUUUAUUGCGUCGUUUUAGCAGUUUUUCAGUCAUGCUUGGACUAAAGUAACAAAUGCAACCGAUCUCACAUGUAUUUCUCAACCGGAAUUUUAUUGGAAUUUCAUUAUAACCAUCACUGAAAUAUUUUUUCAGUGCGCACCUCGCAGCCUGUAAAUAGCAUAUUGUAUAUGUAUCAUCCGCAUACAUAGAGUAAUGCAAUGUUUUUAAAAUGUAUUAACUGUUCGUUAAAAUUCAUGGAAAAUAAAGGAGGGUCAAUGAUUGCACCCUACAAGAUUCUAUGGUUGUCUAGCUUAAAAGAAGAUAAUUCGCCAUUGACUGAAACACAAUGCUAGUACCCAAAUAGGUAGUUUGUGAAUUACUCUUCUUCUAUUCCAAAGAUUCCACAAUCCAGUAUGACUUAAUUCGACGCAAUUAGUGAGUGCAUUACUGAUAGUGCAUGUCAUUGCUCUCAAUAUAAUUCACAACAACAACUAACAACUGAUACGGCUAGACUGUAGUUUCGAUGUGGGCAACAAUAUAUAUUUGAAGUUUAUAUUGAACUUUUGAACCUUUUGAAAUAAUGCUAGGAGCUGGAGAAAGAAAUCGAGAGCUAUAGUAAUCUAAUUGUUCUAGUAUAUUUAGUAUAAUGUAGAUAAUUUUACAGGUGAAGAGCCAUUCUGUUUGUAAUGGAUAUACUGUGAAUAAACCAUUAUUAUUAUUAUUAUUAUUAUUAUUAGUAGUAGUAGUAGUAUAGAAUCUAUAAAAUAUUGCCAUUUAUCAGGGAAUAUAGAUAACGAGUGGAACAGCCAAACGAAUUGAGAUAUUUGCAAUGGUAUACUAUAUAGUAUGGUUCUAAUAAUUAUAGUUAGAAGUUAGUUAUCGAUUCAAAUGUACUAUUUUUAAUUGUUUGUUUAGCAUGGGACACAGAAUUGCAAUCUCCUUGGUUGCGUUUCUAUUUGUAUUGACGGGGAAUGUCCUAUCUGCACCCAGAGUAAGUAAGAAUCGAUUCAUAACUAUACUAUUUUUAUUGUUCCUUUACUUACGGUACAAUAGUUAAAUAUCCUAUCUAUUCUUUAUUCUGAUUGCUUACGCGCUACUUUACACUGGAAAACUUUUGAAAAUCCACAGAAGGUCAUAGAAUGGAAAUUGUAUGGAUCUUUAUUGGAAAUAGAAUGGAUUUUGGUUAUCCAUAUAAUAAUUGUAUAUUUCCAUAGUAUGGUUAUAAUAUGGUAAUAGAAGGGAUAUACUAUGAAUUUAGUGGUGCAAAUUUCGUAGAAUGGAUUUCACUUUCUUUCCCAGUGUUUUUAACAGUAUUACCAAUGAGUUAUCACCUUAAUUUCUGAGUUCUUAUGUACUAACAUGCAAGGCAGUAAGACAGUAUUGUACAACUAUUACCCACAAAAUUAUACCAAAAAGUAAAACCGUCUUCGUUUGUUUUGUUUAUAUACAUUAAAGAAGGAAACUAUAUUUUCCGCAAGUCCGUGUUUGCAUGCAAUUCGAUAGUUUUUGAUUCAGCAUGGAUUCUUUAAAUAAUGCAUGCCGGUGACUCUUUUAAUUUUUGAAAUGUUUCUUACUGUAUCAAAUAAUGGUUAAGCCUCAUGUUGCGAUUUCUCGGGUUUCUAGGUUUUGCUUAAUUUAAUGGUAUUGACGAACAAUAUUUUCAAUACAACGAUUGCGCAAUCCUUGACACAAUUACAACAAAUAAAUUGAAAAUACCUAUUUGAGCAAUCUUUAAUUUCUAGAAAAUACAUUCAACUGCUUAAAAAUAAAAACAGAACUUCGAAGUGUCGAGCGAAAGCCCUUAGUCGGGAAGGCAAUAGGGACCUUAAGCAAACAGGACGGCAACGUGACGACGACGGCUAUUCACACAAUGAUAUUCCUGAUCUCGUACAAAAGAAAUGAAUAAUUAAAAGCCCCACGGGAGUUACAGACGUUCUAUUAAAACUUUUUACAACGGCAAACGAGAGAUUUUCACGUCUUGUGUACAACGCAAACAUGUCAAGACGCAACAAGUGACUGGACUACAAAUUUGCUCAGCAGAAGCGUUAUUAACCAUAAAGCCUUUGUUUUAAUCUCUUCAAACUGAACUCAAUUCUUAUAUACAUGCAGUGGAUAAUACACAACAACUCUUCUUCGCAAUAAUUUAUUUGAAGAAGUUUGUUUUGGCUGUCGUCGUUGCGUUGCCGUCAGCCGUCGUACAUGCUUUUUAAAAGGUCCCUAAUAGUGUGGAUGGGGUGAGAAGAUAUAAAUUAAGAUAAGUUUUUUGAUAUAUAAUUGCAUAAUUUAGCGUGACCAAUCAUAUUCCAGAAGCGAUCAUCCAAUCACUAUUCAGAAGCCGGCACGGACCAGGGCUUUCUUCUCUCCUCUCCUAGAAAGCCCUGGGAACGAGGUUGGUUAAUGUAAAACCUGUGAGUUUAUAGAUUCCGUUUCUACCAUUUCGGUUCUAAAAUCUAAGUGUACCAUAUCAAGCAUCGUAUCACGUCCAUCCCCUCCCAUCUCAUGUGUGCAGUAAGAUUUGGUGAGCAUCGUCGCGCUAUCAUUGGCAACGAUCCUGCACCUCAUUUCCGAACUUGUCACUGCUCCAUCCUCGUCCCCAGGCCCAAGCUCGGGCGGCUCUCACAGUGGCCCUGGUUCAGGCUGUUAAUCUGCGUCGGAAUUCCGACGCAGAGGCUUGGUCGCACAGCAUAUGUAUUGCUCCUUAAAAACAUGGCGACCGCAAUGAAUGCAACUGUACGAGGAAGGCAGAAGCAAUAUAUUUUGCACUUGCAAAAACAAAUAAUACUCAAAUUAAUUUAAAGGAAGAGCAGAAAGAAGAUAUUCGUCAAAUAGUAAAUGGAAGGGAUGUUAAAUCGUUGAUAUACCAACUUUACCGUCCAUGUUCGACUACAUUUAAUUCGAGAAAAAGAAAUAUUUCUGCCGUGUUGCCAGAAACAAUUGUAAUCGUGAUUUCCACGUUAAAUGCACUGGUGGGCGACCAGAUGGACAAGCUAAAAACUGACAUGGGUGUUAAGGCAGUUGUUUUACGCCAUGAUGAUCAUGAUCAAGAAAUGAAAGGUGGGUACUAUUAAAAAUAUUUCAUUUUGCUAUUUUUGUGUAUAAUACAUAAUAUGUACUAUAGACGGUAAAUAGACCCCUUGCCUAAAAACCAACUGGUUGGAAAGUUUAUUGAAAAUAUAAUUCGCAUUAAGCAAUCACUAUUAAGUGUACUUGCCAUGUUAGGGUCUUGGGGAAAUGUUUCCCUUAUUUUUCUGUUAUCAGCAGCUGUAUGAAAAUGAUAUGCAUUAUUAAAUAAAUUUAUUUGUCUUUUUAUAGCUUACAGUAUGUAUAAACAAAGUAUGGAUGUAAGGCCUCAGAGGUUUGCCAACACAUGAGGACAAAAACAACACUGUAAAGUGUUGCAAAGUGCAGAAAGGCAAACAAGAACAAUAGUCAAAAACAGAAACACCAGGCUAGUUAUUAAAAAUAUUAUUGCCCAGCAAAUAAUUUACAAAAGGGGCAUAUUCAAAAAACAUUUAGUAUAUAAAAUAUUUAUUGAGUAAUGUGACUUGUUGCUUGUUUUUAACUAGAAUAGUCAAUAACUUAUUUGAGGACUAUGUUUUGCUCAAGGCAAAUUUUAACCCAUUGAGCCACAAUGCGCCCAGGGCCGUAUGCAGGAUUUUUUCACCAGAGGGGCAGUAAGGCCUAUAUGCCGAAAAAAGUCCCAAAUAUCCAAAGAAUAAUUAACAAUGACAUUCUAAAAAUCGUAAAUAUAGUUUUCUCUGAGUUGCCCCGCCCCCCGGUUGUGUACAUCCCUGAGUGUGCCCUACUUAUUUUUUUAUUUGUCUAACACCAGGUGGUUUAACUCGUCAAUGGGGAUAGCACGCAAAGCUCUGCAGCUUAAUGGGUUGACAAAAAAAUGUUAACCCAUUGAGUUGACACGUGCCCUAUUGCGCCCAUUUUUAUUUUUUACUUGUCUAAUGCCAGACGAUUUUACUCGUCAAUGGGGAAGCUCUGCAGCUUACCAUUAAGCUGCAGAGCUUCCCCAUUGACGAGUAAAAUCGUCUGGCAUUAGACAAGUAAAAAAUAAAAAUGGGCGCAAUAGGGCACAUGUCAACUCAAUGGGUUAACAUUUUUUUGUAAUUAACUUUACAUGUCGAUUAUGGUCAUUACCUAUGGUUUAAUAACAAAGGUCAAUAAAUUUGGCAUUGCAUGGAGGUAGAACAAUUAAUUGGUGCUUGUGUACAUAUAAUUGAUUGCAAUGGUUUUCUUUAGGUUAGUUUUUGUUUUGACUUGUUAUUAAACCAUAGGUGAAAACUAUAAUUGAUCUGUAAUGUUUAGUAUAACCAAUUUUUCGUAUAAAUAUUUAUAUUAAUUUGUAAUAUAUGUAUUUUUUAAUAUUUAUAUAUAUAUAUAUAUAUAUUUUUGUUUGCAUUAAAAAAAUUAAAAGUGAUGAACAACAUUGUGUGUCAUUUACUAUUCCUAUAGGAAAUUAGGAUAAAUUUCCUAUAGGAAUUCCUGUAAGAUGAUAUGUCAUACUGCAAAACCUGAACAGUCAAAAAUACAAAACAAUGGAAACUCCGAAGAAAUUCAUACUUUUAAUUCAACGUUUCGACUACUGUUGAGUCAUCAUCAGGAAUUAUGAAAGCUACUAAAUUUUACAAGUUAUAAGUACAGGUGUGUUAUAAGAUGAUCUAAUCUGUCAACAAGUUCUAAUUAAAGAUAACAAGUUCUUUUGACGCUUUAGUCCCAUGGUUUAAUUCAGGAUGCUGUCUGUGGAUAUGUAAAGCUUCUUUAUAUAGUAGAAGCAACCAGUUCGUAGAUUUAUCAAUAAUUACAGUAUUGUUAAGAACAAUUUGAGGUAGUAGUUCUAGGUUGUUAAAAGAUAAAACUAAUAGUGGAUUUAAAUUAUAAAAGUAUUCACACGAAUUGAUAUGUCUAAAAAUUUAGUAAUAAAUAUUUAAUUUUUAAUUAUUAAUUUUUAAAUUUUAGUAGCUUUCAUAAUUCCUGAUGAUGACUCAACAGUAGUCGAAACGUUGAAUUAAAAAUAUGAAUUUCUUCGGAGUUUCCAUUGUUUUGUAUUUUAUUAGAAUACUCAGUGGUUAUCGAAAAUUUUGAACAGUCAAAGUGAUGUACUUUCCAGAAGGGUGUAUUUAUUAAUAAAAUGUUUCAGUGAUAGUGUUAAAUUAAACAAACUUUAGCAACAGGUAGCUAAAAUGCUUCUUAUGGUGAAAUUAUUAUUAUUAUUAUUAUUAUUAUUUAAAUUUAUAUUGCGCGAGGUUCCAUAGGGAGAUGCUCACCUGCGCAUUACAUAAUUGAUAAAACAAGUGUAUGUACAUGAAAAGCUAAAAUUAAUUAAGUAAAAAUUAUGUGUUCCUAAAGUCUUAUUGAAUGUCAAUUCAAGUUCAAAUUUCUAUAUAUAUAAGUACGCAUAUAUGUCCAAAGGUAUAUCGACUAAUAAAUAAAUUAAUAAAAUGCAAUCUUAAAAAGGUGUGUCUUUACUAAUUUUUUAAAAUGGUCCACUGUUUUUGCACUACGAAUGUCAUUUGGUAGUGAGUUCCACAAAUUGGUACCCUGGAUUCCAGAGCCUUCGACAGUAAAUAAUAAAUUGAAAUGUCGCGAAGGCUCUGGUUCAACGGGGCGAUUCUUUGAUUAAGCCGCGCCAAUCACAAAACAGAAUUAGUGGUUUUAGUACAGAUUCUGUACUAAAACCACUAAUUCUGUUUUGUGAUUGGCGCGGCUUAAUCAAAUAAUCGCCUCGUUGAACCAGAGCCUUCGCGACAUUUCAAUUUAUUAUUUACUGUCGAAGGCUCUGGAAUCCAGGGUAACAAAUUGGGCGCUGCCGAUAUAAACGCGCGAUCGCCUAAAGUUUUCAGUGAUUUGAACUUUGGCUGUGAGAGUAAUAAUUGAUCAUUCGAUCUGAGAUGAUAUCUAGAUGGUGCUUUUACACAGAUCAAUUCAUGUAGAUACUCAGGAACUAGUCCAUGAAUAACUUUGAAUGUUAUUAGUAGAAUCUUGAAAUCUAUCCUGAAUUUCACUGGAAGCCAAUGUAGAUGUAUCAAUGUGGGAGUUAUAUGGUCAAAUCGUGACAUAUUACAGAUGAGCCGGGCAGCAGUAUUUUGUACUCUCUGUAAUUUCAGUAAAUGAGUAGCAGGUGUCCCAAACAACAGGCUAUUGCAAUAGUCUAAGCGGCUUGUUAUUAAGGCAUUGACCAAAGUCUUUAUGCUUUCAUUGUCCAGAAAUUUCCGAAUUUUCCUCAGAUUAUAUAGAUGGUAGAAUGCAGCUUUGCAAACUUUAUGUAUAUGAGUCACCAUGCUAAGUUGCGAGUCAAACCAGCAACCCAGAUUGCGAGCUUCACUAAGUGGUGUUAGUUGAACGUUGCCUACUCGAAGGGUGUCAACACUGACUUUGGCCAGUUGUUGUCUUGUGCCUAUAAUCAUGAACUCGGACUUCCCAUCAUUUAAUUUGAGUUUGUCAGCGAACAUCCAUUUCUUAAUGUCAUCAAUAGCAUUCUGCAUUGCUGUAACGGCAGUGAUUUGAUUCAUGGCAUCGUCGGGUUUAAAUGCGAGGUAGAGUUGUGUGUCAUCUGCGUACAUGUGAGAAUUGGGGAGGUGACUUUCAAGUAUAUCAAAUAAUCUGCUUGCGUAUAAAAUAAAGAGCAGAGGACCCAGACAUGAACCUUGCGGUACCCCGUACUGCAAAUCAAAUGUCUUUGACGUUGCUCCAUUUACCGUAACAAAUUGGCUGCGCCUGGUAAGGUAUGAAUUAAACCACUUGUGAGCAGAGCCCGUAAUACCAAAAGUUGAAUUGAGUCGAUUAAGGAGGAUAGUGUGAUCGACAGUGUCAAAGGCCGAGCUCAAAUCUAACAAUACAAGUAAUACGACAUGCUGUUUGUUCAUGCUAGUCAGUAUAUCGUUCUUUACUCGAAGAAGAGCGGUUUCGGUACUGUGAAGCUUACGAUAGGAGGACUGAUUCUUUGGAUAAAGGUUGUUUUCCAAACAGUGUUGGUUAAUUUGGUUAAAUGCAGCUCUUUCCGUAAGUUUAGAGACAAAUGUUAAAUUGCUUAUCGGACGCAAGUUCAUAAAUGCAGAUUCAGCACCAGGCUUCUUGAGGCGCGGAUGGACAUCGGCCAACUUCCAGGGUUCUGGGAAUGUCCCCACCUCAAGUGACAGAUUGAUCAUCCUCGUGAUGCUGGGGAGAAGAACAUCCGAGCACUCUAAUACCAGGGGUGUGGGCAUGGGGUCUAAAGAGCACGACUUCUUACUUGAUUCAGCGAUAAGUUCCCUCACAUCUUUCUUAUCAAGUUUGUUAAAACUAUCAAUGGGGGUGACGGAGUGUGAGACAGUACACGAGGUAGAGUCUUCAGUAGGAUUAACAGAGUCAAGUUCAGAGCGUACACGGUCGAUCUUGCGCACAAAGUACUCUCCAAUAUCAUUGGCUAGGGCAGAAGAAUUACGAUAGUCAGGAAACGUCAAUUCUGAUUUCUGAACAAAAAGCGACUUUGCGGCUCGGAAGAGUUUACCCUGAUCGUUACUGUUUUCCGCUAUAAAGUUAGUAUAAAAAUGACGGCGCGCUCUUUUCAUAACAAAUGUUGCAUAGUUCCUCUUUGCUUUGUAGGCAAGAAAGUCACACUGCAAUUUUGUCCGACGCCAUUUCUUCUCAGCGAUCCUUCGUUGACGUUUGACAGCCUUAACUUCGUCAGUAAACCAUGGGACAAUGGGUCUUUUGACAAUUGUUUUUGUAAUUAAAGGUGCAUGACGAUCUAAGGUUGAGGUUAGAGUCUCGUUGUAGCACAUGACAAGAUCAGCGAGUUCCAUGUUAUCGAGGUCCUUGCAGAGAGAUGUUUGUGACAGAUCUUUUCUCAAGCAUUCAGUAUCUAUGGAUUUCAGCUUUCUGUAGGAGAUACGAGACUUUGUGAAGGAGGGUUUAUCCAACUUAAGAGAACAGAAAACAGGCAUAUGGUCUGAGAACAAAGAAUCAGUCCAAGGCGCUGCAUCUAUAAUACUGUCACUCUGUCUAGAUAUAAUCAGAUCUAGAAAGUUACCGUUGAUGUGAGUGGGAACUUUCACAUGUUGUUCGAGACCUGUGCUCUCGAGCAACGUCAGCAAGCCCACAGUGUCUGGGUCAUCUGCACAGUUUACAUGUAUAUUGAAGUCGCCAGCAAUCAGCAGUGGCUCAAUACUGAGAACUAGAGACUCCAACAUACCAGCAAACUCACAGAGAAACGUGGAAACUGUAACAGGAUGGGCUGCAGAGUAUGGUGGUCUAUAAAUAAUAACUAGACGAGUUCGCUGAGAUCCAAUGUUUAUUAUCCAUUCGGAAUACUCGAAGGAAUGCAGCUCGGCCGCCUCAACUUUGAUGACAUUAAGUGAGUCUCGAUAGAAUAGACCAGUUCCCCCACCGCGACGCGAAUCUCGCCCAUGAUCGACAAACUUAUAACCAGUAGGACAGAUUUGAGCUCUCACUGCACAAUCGUUGACGCCAAGCCAUGUUUCAGUAACAGCAAGCAAAUCUGGCUUGCGGUCACAUACAAAAUCUGUAAGCUCCGCAAUCUUAUUUCUUAUUGAGCGGGUGUUGAGGAGACACAGUGAGAAUAUAUUCGUUGUUGACGUCCAGUUAUACGGCAAGCACCUAAUAUUACAUAGAUUAUCCAGAUUUCGAUUCCGAUCUGUUGACAUAUGCUGAUGAGUAUUCAAACGAGAUGAUACUAUUGAACUAAUUUGAUAUUCUUCUGGACCGGGAUUUAGUUUAAACACAAGAUCGCCUUGUAGUAAUAGAUGAAAUGUUGCCGUUGAAUUUGAAUAAUAAGUACAUGGACGUUUAUGUCGCCUGUUUUUAACACGUCUUGGGUGUUUAAAUUUGUUUGAAUUCCAACACAAUGGAGACAAUACAUACCACCAAUGAAUGUUUAAGCCAUUGUGUAAGGACCAAGAACCGUGACUUGAAUAUUGCGAAACCAGCUCUGAAUAAACCACAGAACACUGAUUUUUGCAGCAAAAUACACCAUAAUCUGCAACCAAACUACACCAGUUUGAUGACGAACACGUUAGUGAGGUUCUGUUCUGGUUGUAAUUGCUGACAUACCACCAAUGAAUGUUUAAGCCAUUGUGUAAGGACCAAGAACCGUGACUUGAAUAUUGCGAAACCGGCUCUGAGUAAACCACAAAACACUGAUUUUUGCAGCAAAAUGCACUAUAAUCUGCAACCAAACUACACCAGUUUAAUGACGAACACGUUAGUGAGGUUCUGUUCUGGUUGUAAUUGCUGAACAGGUAUCCAGCGAACAUUAACACAGGCAAAUAGACAGAGCAAAGCAAAUUAUGCCCACACGCCAUUACGCGCCAAUUUAUAAGCUUAGACUUGACACAUAACUGGUUAAAUUACUUAAAUAUAAUCAUGAAUUGUUACUGAUUGUAUUCUAGUUUGGAUAAAUUUAUUCAAUAGUUUGGAUAAAUAAUUUAAUUCCAUCUACAAAAUCCUUUCAACAUUUUGUGUGUGAAAAGACAGCUUUUCACCUUGGGUAUUAAACAAUCGAGCUUGUGGUUCUCAAACAACACCGGUCCCAUUGUGAACUGUGCAUUGUGAUUGUGCAAACAGAACAAAAUGCUUCCAUUAACUUUGUGUAUCAAGUACUUGAUAAAUACUAAAUUUUCGUAGAUUACAUUCUAAAUUAGACUCUUCAAAUUGUCAAAUACAAUGUAUAAAAUUGCGUUGAUGCCAACAGAUAGGUGGAGGGCGACAAUUUACACAAUAAUCUUGUAACAUCUGCGUACACAAUAUAUAUUAAUUUCCAUAGUCGUGAAUGUGACUGAUAUCCGAGUCUUGAACUUUAUCAUUCAAUUCGUUUCAAAUGUAUUUCAAAUCCUUCAAAUAUCUAUGUAGUUGGUUUCCAGCAGUCUUGAAUUUGUCCAUAUCAUAGUUUAAGCAAAAAUUUAAUUUACAUGUAAAUAUCUGAUUUCUACCAUAUAAAUUUAAUACCAGUUUAUAAUAAUUGCCACUCUUCGCGCCAGCCAAUGUUUAUUGUUAACCCGCAUUUCCUUCCCACCCGCAACAUUCCGUUAGAGCAAAAGAGCCAAUCACAAUCAACUGCUCAACAGCCUGAACCAGGGCCUCUGUGAGGGCCGCUCGACCUUGGGCCUGGGGACGAGGAUGGUCACUGCUCCCUCUUCCAACCGUAUGAAAGAACGUUUUCCCCAUGUUUAGCUCUACCUGUCUUUGCCGGACAUGAGCAAGCAUUGACAAUAUUGUAUAUUCUCACCUUAUUCCCAAUUUCUUUCUCUAUAGUAUUUAUUAUGUUUGCUGUCAGUCUUGUUUUUAAAUAAAUACAUCUGAAUGGUUUAUUCUUGUCAGUGUGAUUCCUUCUAUAUCAACUAUAGUCUCAAUCCACCCUACUCACUUCUCGACGAAGGGUUUUGGCUCAAAAUGUCGAUGUUCUGCUAAUAUUUUACAGGUAGUUCUAUUUUCUUUAAAAUAUUGCUAUUUUUCGAAAAUAUCUACAUGUCUAUUGUCCAUAGAUUGUAAAAAUCGAACUGAUAAGUUAAAAAAGCGAUAUAUACUGUUGAACAAAGACACCAGAGGGCGAUUGUUCAAAAGCCAGUUAGAUAAAUCCGCCCCAUCCUCGUCUACAGAGUCUCCCGGUAGCGCGCGCCCUCCCUAGGCCCUGGGACACACGGAACUGGAAAUGCAAAGAAACUUUCAGUGGUUUCUAAAACGCUUGCUCUUGAAUUGGGACGCUUUAGCACCCGCAACAAUUUUCACAGUGAAGUAUUUAUGCGAAAUAGUUAGACUCUGGGAAGCUAAACAGAUCUCUCCUUUUAAUCGUCUACCCCAGAGCCUAAUUUUCGACGAGUAGCCGAGUGAAAAUAGCUUUGGGGACGAGAAUGAAUCCGCCCAGGUUAGCCUAAAAAUUCUAAGCGAAUACUGCAACAGCUUGUUUAUAAACAGGAAAUGUCUUUCCAAACAUCGUGUUUGGGCCGAUUUAAAUUCUGUUUUCUGAAAUCUUGAAAUAAACAGACAGCAGAAAUUCGGAAACCAAAAAUAGCAUGUUAAAUUUGAACCCAGGAUUAGCGCUAAUUGAGCUUUGAACAAUGCAACAAGUUAGUUUAAGUAUCGGUUGAUAGUUUUUGGCAAAGAUGCGGUAAACUUGCCUGAGCUCGCUGUUGAGGCAUUCCAGAGUUUUAUGGCUCUGUAGUCAGGUGGAAAUUUUGGCUCCAAGCUGUUAGAAGUAAAGGAUUAUCCAGGCGAUCUCCUAACAAACGUUUACACAAGAAAGCACAAAUAACUUCUCUUCCGAAGUUAUUUAGAGAUUGAGUAUAUAUUUCUAUUAAUUUCCUACGGGGUCCUUAAUUCCUUUACGUUAAUUUCUUUAUUUCUUAAUUUCCAUACUUUUCUCUUCACCAUUUGCGAUCAAUUAGUGGAUCAAAAGAUUUCACUACACUCUACAGAAAUAAAAUAACAAACGAAACCAACAAAUGUAUCUAUUUAAAUCUCGUAGGAACAAACGUCACAUUUCGAGGGAGAUGAACACGAGUUAAUUGGAAAUAAGAUUAAUGAUCCAAGUGAACCGGGGAUAUACACCAAGUUAAUACUCCCCAAUGGAAUUCAACUCACGUUUGGUCAAAUGAUAGCGUUAGCUGGGGAUUUUUUUGCUUUACCUAAUGCAUCUAUCAUCGCAGUUCACGGUAAAGAAGUAUGCAAACCCGGGCGUGGAAAGAAGCCAUGUCCUGGGGGCGGAGAGAAGCCUAUUCCGGGUGGUGGAAACAAGCCCUAUCCUGGUGGUGGAAACAAGCCUUACCCUGGGGGUGGAAAGAACCCUUAUCCUGGAGGUGGAAAGAAGCCUUAUCCUGGAGGUAGAAAGAACCCUUAUCCUGGAGGUGGAAAGAAGCCUUAUCCUGGGGGUGGAAAGAAGCCUUAUCCUGGGGGUGGAAAGAAGCCUUAUCCUGGAGGUAGAAAAAAGCCUUAUCUUGACCUCAUGACCGAAAGAGUGCCUUAUGAUGCAUUCAAGACCGGAACUGUUAAAGCAACGCCGGAUGAACGCAAACGAUUCAUGGGAGCUUAUGCCACACUUGCUAGUGUACCACGUAAAUCGAUUGAGAAACAAGUGGCUACGCUUGUAACAAUGAUCGGGGAAGACCUGCUUGUGAGGAGAUAUCACAACGGUACCCUUCAUACUAAUGCUCAAUAUGCAUAUGUUACAAACGGCAGAAUGUUAAAACUGGCAGCGAUUAAUUUCGACCAUUUUGAGCCACAAGCGCCGAGAGCCUACCUCGUUGGUCAUCAGUUAGCGAUGGAAAAAGCCCGAGAGGCGGCAAAGGAAAAAGAUCCUGACACAAAGAAGAAAAUGUUGAACGAGUCUCUCUCUAUAGAUGCUUUUGCUUGUCACUUUCUCACAGAUUGUUUCUCAAGCGGUCAUAUGAGGUCAGUAUGAGCAAUAUUUGUUCAAUUGACAAAUUAUUACUGUCGUACACAAAAACUUGUUAGCCAUGUAUUUUAAAGCCAAAUUUUACGGCUUUAAAUCCGUCCGAAAAGCUGCCUUUGAAAACUCUAGAUACAAUAAUUAACUGUUAACUUGUCAUGGAAUUUAAUUUAAGUUUUUGUAGGCAAUUUAAACACCUCUUAAAAGUUCCUUAAGUUUAUAUAAACUUGUCGUUUUCUGUCAUAAACUACCGUAGAUAUUAGUUACUAAGUAAAUCCCUGAUUCGCAAUGAAAAUGGCCUCCAGAUGGAAUUGAAAAUUGGCAGAAUGCAUUUUCCAGGACAUUAUUUUCUCCUUCGAACGUUUCUUCGUAUGUCUCCUUGAAGUUAUUUAAUUAAACUCUGAAUUCGAAAUAUCGAACUACAACUGUCUUUUCAGAGGUAUUAUGUGCUUUCCAUUUCCAUAUUUAUGUCUGUUGUUUCCAGUCCCAGUAACCCUAAUCGAAGUUUUCCAAUUCAAAAAUAGAAAAAUCCCAAUUGCCAUUUUACCCCUUCAGGACUCUCCUCUUAGGUCAAAUUAUUGCUUUUUUAAUUUCUUUUCUGAAAGCUGAUAUGCUAUUACAUUCUCCCUAGUGUUAAUGUAUCGUUUGAAGGGAUCAUUUUGCAGUGACUCAGUGCUUACAUUUCACCAGUAAACAUAAAGCAAGUUGGAAAAGAUCUGCUUUGUUUAGUGCAGCCAAACAUGAAAUAAGAGAUCACGCAACUGAAAAUUGUACUAAGGAGUUAUCUACCAAACCACAAUGUUACGUUUAAAGAAGACUGUCUUACGUUUAAGUGCACUAGACAUUGCAGGUUUUCUCCACCUAUCCUUGUACUCAUAUAAGUUCGCUUUUCAAUCAAGAUAGGCCAAGGCAAAAACAACCUUUAAAGCCCAUUUACACGGUACGAUUAGUUGUAUACGAUUCUUACUCUGGCGUAUGUGAUCGAAUAAACACGCUACAAACGUGACAUUUCAAAUUUCGCCAUUUGCGAAUGAGCAAUAACGUAGCAUUAGCACUCGUUUUCAUUCGUCAGAAUGACAAUCGUAUACAACUAAUCGUAUCGUGUAAAUGGGCCUUUAAACACCAUCAAAUUGAACCAGCCUUGGUAGCCUUACAACUUUUCGUAUUAAUUAGCCUGCGUAGCAGCUCUCAGAAAGAAGACCCUGCACGAGAUCUGUUUUUCUAUUCCUGCCCACUUAGCGUGCGGGCUGCGCCCACUUUCAUCAACAUAUGUCAAAAUCGGCCAAUCACACAGAUUGUUUACGUUUGCAAAUUUACUUGUCAGAAUGAAAUAAUACAAAUUGUUUCAAAACGAAAUAAUAAGCGGAUGUCGGUUAAAGAAAAUUGAAAUCUGUGGGAAUAGUGCUUAGAAGAGCAGUCUCCAUCGUCGUCACAAGUAGUUUGCAGUUCGUGUGCUAGAAGAAAGCUACGAAAUCUCGUGGAUACGUACAAAUUAGUUUUGACAGCGGUCAACCGUGAUGUAAAUGUCGAAGUUUCGAGUGAUGCAGGGACGAGAAAGGUGCCUGAAACCGUCACUUCAGAGAUAGCAAGUCCUGUUCGUAAGAAUUCACAGCAAUUCCUCCUGCCACAAAAUUAUUGCCCACAAAAUCAUCAAGAAAAAAUCUAUUUGUCGUCGAUGAAAACGAACAUGCUCGUGAAAGAGCCGCAGCUAACAGCCAGCAAUCCAAUAAAGACACCACAGCCACUGUAUCUCUAGAGCUUCAUGAACAAAGUUCGCAAAAACUUUUUUAUUCAUCCUUAAAUGUGAAUCGUGGCCUUUAAUUAGCUGUUUUGAAUGCAAAACUCAAGAAACACCUUUCAAAUGCAUUCGCCGUGUUUGUUCACAAUCAUGGUAUCAAUCAACGAAUAUUUUAGCACAAAUUAGCAUAUUUAUCAUUUUGAACCAAUCAGAUUUCUCGUUCUCUGAGAGAACGAGUAAAAAUUGCAAAGCAUGGGGUUUGGUGCAAGCUCUCCUUUUUGAGAGCCGCUACGCAGGCUACGCAGAAUACAUAAGAACCGGUCAUUAUUUCGGCGAAUUGAGCUCAGAAGUACGGAUGUCUAUAAAUUAAAUAAUAAAAAAAUAUUGAAUUUGGUUUUCGCCAAGUAUGAAGAAAUAUUCAACCAUGUUUAGGCUUUAAUAUUCUUCAUAUAUAUGCACAACCUCAUUCAAUAAUUGUUAAAUGUAGGAUAAUUUCGUUCUGUGUUGUUCUUCCCGCAUACAGGACCCCGAGAGUGGAACUUCAUUUCCAGCUUUUCGUCAGCGGUCUUGGCGAUCUACUGAGCAAGUAUAUGCAUGAUGAAGACUGCAGAUUUGGUCUGCGUGUCAAAAACAAGAAAGGUGACAAGUGGAACGCUUAUGGAGAUGGAUAUCUUAUUAAGACUGGAGAUAAAGAUAAUUUCCGACUAGUCGUCAAGGCAGCAAAUACAUCUGCUUAUCAAGUGAUCCAAGCAUACCAAAAUCCUGAUCGUGAGAUAAACGUAGAUGACGUGCUGAAUCUUAUACCUUUUGUCGACCCUGAUGCAGUAAAUAAUACUCCUUUGUUUCAGAUGAAAGAUGGUAAGUUACAAGUUCGUGUUAAUCUUGACGAUCUACAGAGCAAAGAGAUUUCACCAAACUGGACUGGAGCAGGAAGACUGGCAAAACUUUUGGUCUACCAACCUAAAAACUCUGCCUUACCACCUGCAUAA